UUCAAGUGACAGGCAGUAUUAGGUUGGAUCAAAGUUACUCUUUAGUUAGCGCAGUUUAGUCUCCUCACUCAAGGAGAAUAUUAAACACAAUUGCUAAUAACUGACAUCCAGGUUGAUAAACCGUGCAUGGAUCAUAAAAAGAGUGGUCACAUAGGGACAAUCGCUAAAGGUGGAAGUAUCCUAACUUUGGUAUUUAAGUAUACCUACCUCUAACAACGCAUUAGUGCAACACUGUUGUUCUUUUACAACAAACUGCCAAAGAACAAAAAGCACCUACUGCUCGCGUAGGUACCUUAACCCAGGCCACAUCAAAAACUAAAACGACGAUACCUUCACUCCUUAUUUGAAUUCAUGAUGCAGGAGAUGAGGUUCACAAGAUGCAUCACGAUGAUACAGUUUGAAAUGCUACUGAACGUCAUCUUUGUUGCAGGUGGUGAAGAAUCCUGUACUGCAGCCCUUAAUGCAUCUAUGCCAAACAAGAUGGAGGCAUUGAGUGACACUUGUUUGCAAAUUCCAUGUUCAUUUGAUUUAGUACCAUCAAAUCUACUCGAUAAACACAAAAUCUUUAUUGGUUUAUGGCUAAAAUCGACUCACCAUUUUGGGCCUAAUCCAGAAAGUGUGGUUUUCAACGGCAGCAAAACCAAUAAUACAUAUCCAAUUAGUAUCAUUGGGAAUAUGAGUGAAUACAACUGCAUACAACUGAACUCUUUAUUUGGUGCAGUUUAGUCUCCUCUCUCAAGGAGAAUAUUAAACACAAUUACCAAUAACUGACAUCAAGUUAGAUUUGCCGUGCAUGGAUCAUAAAAGGAGUGGUCACAGAGGGACAAUCGCAAAAGUGGAAGUUUCCUAACUUCUGUAUUUAAGUACACCUUUGCCUAAGAACGCAUUAGUGCAACACUGUUCUUCAUUUAGAACUAACCCUGCCAGUUGGCUGUAGAAAACCACCUACUGCUCUCGGAGAUGAGGUUCACAAGAUACAUCACGAUGAUCAAGUUGGAAAUGCUACUGAAUGUCAUCUUUGUUUCGGGUGAUGAGGAAUCCUGUACUGCAGCCCUUAAUGCAUCUAUGCCAAACAAGAUGGAGGCAUUGAGUGACACCUGUUUGCAAAUUCCAUGUUCAUUUGAUUCAGUACCAUCAAAUAAAAUAGAUAAAAACAAAAACAUUUUGGGUGCAUGGAUCAAAUCUGACCACAGUUUUGACGGUCGUCCAGAAAAUGUGGUUUUCCACAGCAACAAUCAAGAUAAUAAGUAUCCAAUUAGUAUCAUUGGGAAUAUGACAGAAUACAACUGCACAACUGUUUUUACAAACAUAAUCACAAGUUAUGCUGACGUGUAUUACUUCAGAGUGGAAAGCACCGGUUUCAGGGCAACUGACAUCUGCAAUCCUCUUACAAUCACAGUUAAAGAUUCAGCCCCAGCACCCUCCAUACAGACCGUCCAGGAGGGACCACUAACGGAGGGGAGCAGGGUAACGUUCACCUGCAGGGCCAUCGCACCCUGUCCCACCCAGCCGCCUCACCUGAGCUGGAACCAGUCGGGAGGCCCUGAGGGCCGGCUGGAACCGCACGGAGACCAAGAGCCUAACGUCAGGACCCGGCGGCUGAAUAUCACUCUGUCGGACCGACAUGACGGGGUCCGCCUCACCUGUCUGGCGGAGUAUCCGGUGAACGUCCCAGCAGGCGGGCCCAGCAUCAGAACAGCAGAGAGCGUUGUGACGCUCAACGUUUCCUAUUCCCCGAAGGAUACCCAGGCCUCCGUCAGCCCCCCCACGGUGUCGCUGGGCAGUGUGGUCAACCUGACUUGCACCAGCAGAGCCAACCCCCCCGUUCUCCGGUUCACCUGGUUCCGGAGCAGUGCGGAGGGACCCCUGAACGUGUCGGAUGGAUCUUUGUACAGCUUCAAUGUGUCCAGCUACAGAGAAAUCUACUACUGCGUGGCCACGAAUCCCUUGGGAAACCAAACAUCAAAAGAGAUUACGCUAACUGUCAGCGGUGAAAGCGGAUUGAAUGUCCCUCUGAUAGUUGGUGGAUUCUUUGGAACAGUCUUCUUUAUUGGUCUGAUGAUCUGUGUCCUGUGGUUACUGAAGAAACCUUCAACACAGCAACAGCUGGUGUGUGGUGGGCUUUCUGGCGCAGAUUGGCUGCUGUGCAUCACCAAAGUGGGCGCUACACACUGGUGGUGGUUAGCGAGGUCCCCCCCUUCACUAAUCCAAUAUUCGAGGCGUCAGACAAGCAGGUGGAAGAGGAGAUCCACUACGGAGAGAUCGACUUUGCCAAGCGAGGUGCUGUGCAGAACCCGGUGUUCCCCCAGGGGGAGGAGCAGACCUCAGAGUACGUUGAGAUCACUGCUCAACAGGCUAAGAACUCACAGAUCAGGGCUGAACUGGAGAGGAGCUGAAUAGUUUGGACUGGGAUCUCUUUAGUAUCCACUCAUGUAUUGUCAGUGUAAACAUAUCCUGCUUCAGCAUCCAUGGCACCCUUUAUGCUUUUUGGUCUCCAAGGCACCCAAUAAACCAAAACAAAAGUUUGUACGACUCCCUGCUUGGUUCUGUUUAUGAAAUCAACAGCACAACAAAUGUUAGGAAAGGCCACUUUUAUAAAAUGCUGCAAAGAAACAGCAGGAUGCAUUUCAUUACAUUUUUUUCCAAAGUGCCCCCUCUUCAAAGUGGAAAAUAUUCAAAUGUGAAUAAGUGGGAGGGAACAACUCCACCCAUUGGAGGGCAGGUAUGUCCACAGCGGACGAGGAUGUGAUGUGAAGGGUGACAAAGAUUUUAAAGUUCAGCCAGUUACCCAUGGGUGGACUUUGUCCCACCCACUCAUUUGCAUUUUAAUAUUGUCUACAUUGAAGCGUGCCAUAAUUUGAAUAUGCAAACGCAAAUAGUUUUAACUUUUAUUUGUAUAUUGUCCACAUUUAAGCAGACAUUUUUUUAAAUGCAAAGAGAUAGCAUUUUAUUGUAUAUCUGAGUCAAAU